UAUUCUGUUAAUUCUUUCAGUACUUCCUGGUUUUGUGAUGCACCCAACGCCACUAGUGGGACGUUCCUCGGAGUGUAGCGUGCCUUGUGAUACUGAAGGAAGUCAUGUAGAAGCUGAUACAGGAGAACCAACCGAGUAAACCUAAAGAUACCCUAAAAGUUUCCAGUCUCAAGUACAUCUCCUUUUAGAAGACAGACACCAUGUUGUUUGCAUAAGCAAGCACGCUCAAUAGCGUUUUCUAAGCAAAAGGUGGGGCCCCUGGUGCCGGUUGCCUGAGGUGGUGCUCACUCAGGUGAUGUCAUUGCUGAGGAACCAGGACGUCAUUUCGGUUGGACAAACCUGCCGUUCGUGGAGGUCAGCAGCCCGCCACGAAAAUGUGUGGAGAACUCGGACGGUGGAGUACCAACUAACCGAAGGGGACCGACGCUUACACCCUUUGUACCUUGUCAAUGGUGCGUGGGGAAAGCAUGCCAAUGCUCAAGAAUUCUCUCGGACCGUGCGCUUCGCUCCGUGCCUGGCCAUGAUUCGUUGCAAUAAUGGCAUGUCUCCUGCUGCCAGGAAAGCCGUCUUUCGGGAAUCUCAAUGCAAGCCGCGAGGCCUAGAGGUAAACGGGGGUCUCGUUUCUGCACUAAAGUACAUAAACCGCUGGAGCCAUUGCCUUGAGAAUGUGACGCUGCUAAAUCCCUCUAUGGAAUGUUUAAAGACUGUCGUUUCGCUGCCGAACCUGACUAGUUUAACCAUCAGACAUGGUGCUGACUGGAAUAAUCAAUACGUUGUUCCCGAUUUUCCUUUUCGCGAGUGUGCGCCCAGCACGACUCUAAAACACCUUACGUUUCUUAGACGGGUCCCGGAAAAUGCCGUGAACGCGCUAGUCCAGGCUCAUGCAUCUAUCCUGGAGGACCUUACCGUGUACGCGACUGCGUGCCUUCCCCAGGCACUAUCAGAGUGCACAGCUCUACAGCGGCUCACUGUAGACAUGGACCCGACAGGAGUGGAUGGCCGACGGCUGCGAGUCCUCCUCCAAAAUAGGAGGGAGAGGCAGAGCGGCCCGCUGACACAGAUGACUAUGUGCAGCCUUGAUGUUCACGACAAGAAUACCUGCGCCCUGUUUGUUGCAUCGCUGAGGACGGAUGGUUUCGUUGGUGCAGCCGCCCCUGUGUGCUGCCAGUCAUGUGCACGCGGAGAGCCAAUUGUACUGGAUCCACAUCGCAUGCGCCGCGCUAGACUAUGGGACUAUUAGUUCAAGAUGAAACGGAUAAAAAGAAUGCUAUUUUAUUGGAACUAGGAAUAA